CUUACUCAAAGACAAUGAAUACCGGUAGUGGACCUAAUUUAAUAAUGGCCGAGUGUGCUCCCCCUUUAGUUUUGGUGACUGGUGCCUCAGGGUUUGUGUCUACAUGGCUGAUCAAGGAGCUCCUGGAGAAGGGAGAGUACAGAGUGAGAGGCACUGUUAGGGACAAGAGCAAAGAAGAGAAGGUCAAGCCUCUCCUUGAAUUGGUCCCUGAUGCAAAAUAUCCUUUGGAAUUGAUUAAUGCUAAUCUCAACGAUAAAGAUUGCUGGGGACCUGCUGUCGAAGGAUGCACCUAUGUUUUCCAUGUGGCGUCUCCUUUCCCUGUUGGAAAAAAAAUCGACGAAAGUGUGAUUGUUGCUGAAGCUGUCGGUGGUGUUGUGAACGUCCUUGCAGCUUGUGCUGAGAGUGGAACUGUGAAACGUGUGGUUUUGACUAGCUCUGUUGCAGCUGUCUCUUGUGGUAUGGGAGGUAUCCCAGGAUAUGCUGAUGAUUAUAACUACACUGAAGAGGACUGGUCGGUUGAAGAUUCUUGUGCACCGUAUGAGAAGAGCAAACUGAAAGCAGAACGAGCUGGUAGGGAUUUUGUCGAUAAACUUGAAGAAGGCAAGAAAUUUGAGCUGGUUGUUGUCAAUCCUGGUUAUAUCCAAGGACCUCUACUGAGUGCUGCAUCUGGUAGUGGAACUGCUUCGGUUGGUACGAUGCUCCUUGAGCGUAAAGUGCCUGCCGUACCAAAUAUUUGCUUCGGAAUUGUUGACGUUCGGGACGUGGUUGCUGGUGAAAUUGCUGCUAUGUUCACACCAUCUGCUGCCGGAAAACGAUUUAUUCUCAAUGGUGGAACUAUCACAUUCAAAGAUUUGGCCAUUGUUGUCAGGAAUGAAUUCCAGACACAAGGUUACAACAUCCCUACAGGUACAGUACCCAAAUUUAUUUUGUGGGGACUGAAAUUUUUCGAUGAUUCUGUGAAAGCUACCUACCCUGGCCUUAAUAAGAAGCACACAUGGAGCAAUGAACGAAUGAAGAAUGAGCUUGGUGUGACUCCACGACCUAUUGAGAAGUCAAUCAUUGAUACCUGUUACAGUAUUAUUGAGUUUGGACUUGUUACCAAGGCACCUGGCUACCUAGGCCCCCCUGAAUCACGAAACAAGACCUCUGCUGAUGCCCCUGAAACUGCAGAGCAGCCUAAGCCAGAUGAUGAUGUUCCUGAAACCGUUGAAGCCAAGCCUAGUGACGACACUCCUGAGCCUAAGCCAAGUGAUGAUGCUCCAGAAACUACAGAGCCUAGGCCAGAUGGUGAUGUUCCUGAAACUGCUGAAGCCAAGCCUAGUGAUGAUGCUCCUGAGCCUAAGCCAAGUGGUGAUGCUCCAGAAACUACAGAGCCUAAGCCAGAUGAUAAUGUUCCUGAAACCGUUGAAGCCAAGCCUAGUGAUGACGCUCCUGAGCCUAAGCCAAGUGGUGAUGCUCCAGAAACUACAGAGCCUAAGCCAGAUGAUAAUGUUCCUGAAACCGCUGAAGCCAAGCCUAGUGAUGAUGCUCCAGAAACUGCAGAGCCUAAGCCAGAGGAUAAUGUUCCUGAAACCGCUGAAGCCAAGCCUAGCGAUGAUUCUCCUGAAACUCCUGAAACAAAAAGUACUGAAGGCGACGAUGAUUAGUGAUGCAAAUGACACAAACACAAUUUAAGAAUAACGUGUAGUGUGUGUAUUGUCGCAGUUGUAUAUAUUUACAUUAGAAGGAAUUUUUUAAACCCUA